UGUGGUGCAAUAUGUUUCUAAAGGCUGUGUUUUUUCAAUUGGUUCUCUAUAGUGGCAUGCUUUAGUGUGGAAUGUAUGAUAAAGACUGCUGCCUGGUCCUUCAGCCAGCCUGAGGUCAAAAGCAGAAGCAAGGGGGAAAAAGCCUGUCCCCUUUCACUGCAGCCCAUUGCCCAUCAGCCAGAGAGAGCGAUGUCUUGGAGGAGGCAACAUGUUCCCUAGCUGCAGCAUCACUGCAUCUCUUAGUUGCAGAUAAUGAGAUUAGCUACUAGGGUUAACCUGCGUCAGCAAACAUGGGUCAAUCGUGGGGAUUAUCACAUAUACCUGGGACUUACAUAUCACCUCCUUAAACUCAACCAGCUGUUUAUUUAAAGUAGUUAUUCUUAACAUCUCACUUAUUCUGUUUUCUGAGUGAAUGAUUCUUUUUCCCUUUUCGCUGAGCUUCUUUAGAUUCAGGAACCAUUUUUUGUCACAAGUGUGUGUGGGGGACAUCGAGCGUGGCAUGUUUAAUCCAACAAAGUGCAAGUGUAAGUGCAAGGCUGUGGGACUACGACCACUUCAGCUUGGAAGCUUGGAAGGUUGAGCUGAGGCAGGAUAAGACCCUCUCCCGCUAGGCAGCUGGGACGGGGGGCAUCCCUGUCACACCUCGAAAACGACAUUCAUGCCACUUUCCAACAAUAAAGUGGCAGACGAUGGCACUGCCUGUGAGGCAAAUACACCAGAAGAGGGGAAAACCAUGGUGGACUCCCUCAUCAAGGUGGUGGCCUGCCACCGGCACCUUGCCUCUUGUGUCGGCGGGAGCACAGACAGCCCUCACCUGCGACAGGAGUUACGGCAGACCCGGGAGCGGGCCCAAAAACUGACACUGUCCUGCCGUCAGCACCUGACCUCCAGGCUGAGGGACAAGGGCCUGCCCGAGGCCGAGCGCAAGGAUGCCGAACUGCUAUGGGUGGCCUUCUCCUCCUCCCUGGAGCUCUUCUACGCAGACAUGUGCAAAGUGUUCAACAUGGGCAACAACUUCUCCUUGGCCAACACCUGUGCCUUGGUGCAGACUGGGAUGCAAGGAGACACCCAUGAAGUGGCUGCCCGGGCUUUGAGCCUGCCCGACCUGCAGCAUGAAGGGACAGGGGCCCAGUCAGACAGUGUGGAGCGCCAGGAGCUCAGCCAGCUAGAGCAGGAGAUGACCCAGGUGGACCGCACCAUUGAAGACAUGGAGCUGAAGGUCAACGUCCUGCGCUGGACAGUGGAGGCACGAGGGCCGCAGAAUGGCGAACUGGUUAGCACGGACAGCGCCUCACUCACUCUCAUGGCUGGGGACGAGGAGGCUCCAGGUGGUACAGCUGAACGAAGCCAGAUCUUCAUGAUCAUGGUCAUAUGUGGCGUGGCCGCCGUAGCUGUGGGGAUCUCUCUCUCUGUCAUCUUUCUUGCCUAAGGAAGAGGUAGAAGUGGGAAACUUUGGACAUUUACUAUGGAUAGACAGCUACUGACAUUCUGUCUUACCUUCUCUGUGGCGACAUUGAGGGCCAAAUUACCUGUCAAGGAUGUUGAAGGACUGAGGACAAUAUCUUCCAUCAUUUGUGGGUGGCCCAACUGAUCCACUGAGUUCUAGUGGAUUUAGAAAUAUAACAGGGAGUCUAUUUAAUCAUUUUCAGACGACCGACAGAUUCGCCAUAUGUGUUGUUUUGAAAAGCAAACUGGGCAAUAGGCAAAGAUGAAGUUGCUUAAUUUAAGAGACAAUCUGAGGUGCAAUAUACAAACAAAUCUCAUUAGAGCGUUGGGCUUGUAAAACAGCUGUGUAUAAAUGUGUAUGAAUUUCCUUACAAUGAUAUGUGUAUUAAAGGCACCAUCAGUGUUUUCUGCUGUCAAAAAAGUGAAAUGCUUCUAGACCUUUCAUGAUGACAUAUAUCUGAAGGACAAUAGUUUUGACAAGUGUUCCUGUGACUUAUUUCCAUCUUGAAACUUUAUUUGAUGAUGUGUAUGCAUUAGUUGACAGUUUAGGUCCAGACAUGUAAGCAUGUCAUACAUAGAAAGGGCUGAAACAGAGAAAUUGUGUAAUAUUUGGAAUCGGUUUAUUUAUCUAGCCUUCAGAAGUCCAGAAGCACUUUCAUUUUUGACAACAAAAACUACUAACUACACCUUAAAAGGUAUGAAAAAAUACCAGUUUUUUCUCCUUUAUUUUUGUUUUAUUGACUACUGGGCUGCUGUAUUAAAGUCUUCAGUUGUCAUCAGUUACAUGGCAUUGUACCUGAAAUGGAAGUGUAUGACAAAUAAAUACCAAUAUAAAAGAAAAUAUUAGACUAUGA